AGUAUCCCGCUGAGCUGAAAUCAAAAGGUUCCGACGUUCAUCUACUGCUGGAAAAUAGUCAUGACUGCUUUUUCGAUGUCUGCCAAUGUUCCCGAAAAUUCAGUAGAUGGAUACACUCUUCAGCAACUCUCCACUCUGAUCGAAACUUUAAGUCAUGAGGCGAUCACCCAACAAUCGGUGUCCGCAGAAAAUGCAUUGACGUUACUCCAUUAUCGACUAUCAAAGAUUAUGGAAUUGGGACAUGUACAACUUCUUGGGAAAACGCAGGCGGUUCUUUGUUUUCUUAAAGGAAAUCACUUCGAUUCGCAAGAAAUUAUUCGUCGUGGAUUCUACGAUAAACGGCAUCACGCAUUCCUUCAAGAACUUUUCAAAAAAGCAGAGAAAAGAAGAACUGGAAAAUGUUUUGGAUCAUUGGGUUACUGUAAAUACCCUCCAUCAAUUGACCAAAUCAACGAAGAUGGGUUCCCAAAGAGCUUAAUAAAACUUUUGAGACAUUAUUACGAAUCAAAGCGUGCUGCGAAGAAAGCGUUGGAUAUUGAAUUAGUAGCACGUGAAACAGGACUUCACGAGGACGUCAUCAGGGAGAAAUUCCAAAGUUUUCGGAUGGAAAUAAAAAAGAAAACAUCAGAAGCAAAGCUGCUGAAAUCCACAGGAGAAAUUUCUCAAAUCUCACAUCAAGAAUCAAUUCAACAUGUACAGCAAUACCAUUUUUACUCCUAUCCAAAUUUGUAUCCAAGUCCUCCAUUGAGUGAGAAUGGAAAUCUUACAACUCCACUCGAUCAACCGUUGACUGUCGAAAUCACAGAAGUUAAUCGUGAAUACUAUUCUCUAGUACCUUGCUUGCAGUUUUUUCAAUAACUUAUACUUAUUUAUGUCCAAACAUAAAAAAUUGCUUGCU